AUGGCAACUGAUGAAGCAGCUUGGGGUGAACGAUUCUCUCUUGAGGUUUUGGGCUUCAUGCAGAUUGCUAUAGAUCAGCUCGAUUUUGAAUUCGAUUUGUGCGGUGCUGCAAUUGUGCGGGAACUCGAAGAAUGCGUCCGUGGAUUUGUUCGAGAGACGUUGAAUAAGGUGUUUCUUCAUAAGUUUGGUCUAUGGAUGGUUGGUAGUGAAUUCACUGGCAAUCGACGUUACACACUGCAAAAUCAGCAACAAUCCCCAGUAGGAGCUCUUAUGGAGGAAAUUGACCUAGAAGCUAAAGCUCCCGGAAGCUUCUUGAAUGAAGAAACCAGAUUUAUAAGCCAUGAAAUGUAUGUGUUUGUCAUUGCUUCUCCACCUCCUUCCAUAAAUUUUGGUCAACAGUACAUUGCAAAGCUUGCGUUGGACAGCCUUGAGGUUCCAGUUGGCUGUGUGAUUGUUGAGGAUGGGAAUGUUAUUGCGGCAGGAAGAAACCAGACUAACGAGACAUGGAAUGCAACCAGACAUGCAGAGAUGGAAGCUCUUGAUGUUCUUCUUGUACAGUGGCAGAGGACUAGAUUUACGGCUGCAGAAGUUGCAGAGAAGUUUUCAGCUUGCUCCCUUUAUGUGACACUUGAACCGUGCAUAAUGUGUGCAGCAGCAUUAUCGAUCAUUGGUAUAAAGGAAGUAUAUUAUGUUUGUGCAAAUGAUAAAGUUGGAGGCUGUGGCUCAACAUUGUCUUUGCAUUCAAGUAGCUCUGAGGCAUGUGUUAGUAAUGAGGAUUCUGGAUUAAAGGGUUUCAGAUGUUGUGGAAGUAUAUUGGCAUCACAAGCAAUUCCUCUUCUGUGAGAUUCUUAUGAAAGAGGAGACCCUAAUGCUCCAAAGCCUCACAGGUCACGGGUUACUCAAGCUUCUCAUUGGAUCUGCACGUUGAUUCUUCCUGUUGAAUCCUCUCAUAGCUUUACACAACUAGAACUUCAUCAAGAGACCUGGGAAAGGAAGCGUGAUGCACGUCCAAAUCAGUUUUUGUCCAGAUGUUCAUGUGUUUACUAAGGGUUGCAGCUAUGAUCCCAAGUCCAUUUCAUGCUUUAAGUUGAUUAUCAGAUUGUUAAAAUAGUUUACGACAAAAUUUAUGCUUAACUACAUCUAGGUCUUAAUGGGUGGGGAACACGCCCAUUUCCAUUGCAGCAUAAUUAUCCAUGUCAGGGAUUGAAUCUGUAGUGAUUUUUUGCUGAUGAGUGAGGAGUCCAUUAUAUUCUAAUAUGUGCACGGGCACAAGUAA